CUUGUUUCCGAAGGUCAUAGAAGACUUUCAAAAAUCCGCAGACGUGAGUUUGAGACUAACAUCGUUGCAAGAACGACAUAAAUAAUACAGAGGGAACCCACUAUGAAGAGCAUGUUUGUCAGUCGCUUGAAUAGUCCAACAACAAGUGUAACCCAUCCCUCUCCUUUGGUGAGCCUAGGGUUUGUGGAGACUCCUCUCUCUGACCUUGCUAGCGCCUGUUCCCACUGUACCCAGACCUUCAGUGCCGUGGCUUCAAAGACAUUCUUGAAGACAAACAAUACAACAGUCCUUUCCUCAUUGGACUCCAGGUUUUACUGGUGUAAUUUUUGCCACUUUUCUGGAGACAGCAAAGAUGCCAUUGUGGACCAUGUGGUCAAACAGCACCGGUUUGGGUGUAAGUGGUGCAGCUUCCAGUCCUUCUGUCGAGCAUCAGUUCUCCGCCAUUCCCUUCAGAAACAUCAACACCAGAUGAAGACAGCAGUGAACAUGUCAGCACUGUGCAGCUUUGUGGAGGAUAGAUGCAGCAUAUGUAUACAGAGACAGCCCAGCACCAGUAACCACGGUAACACCGACAGCCAGACAUCUGCUCUUAUCCCUAGAGAUGUGCAGGAUACCACACUUCUAAAGGCACUAUUACUGGCAACACCUGCUGAAGAACUGGACAAUAUUGAAGAGACAGAUAAAGCAGUUAAAUCUGCUCAGGAACUUAAAGAUUUCAUUGACCAGGUUCAGAUGUAUAACACUGAUCCUGUCUUUGUUGAAACUUCAUCCUCAUCAAAAUCUCUUGUCAGUAGUUUUGGGGGUGGGAAACCGGAAGAUCAUAUCGGCAGAGAAUUAUACCAUCAGAAUACGCUGAAGCCAGACAGUCGAGAUAUGAAGGUAUUGUCGGUUAGAUGUGAUGAUGCUAAACAUGACACUACAGCUGAAAUGAAGACAUAUGAUGAGACUGUUGAUCUUGCAAGAAUGAGAAAACCAAAAAUUUCAAUUGAAACGCAGUGUAGAAUCUAUGACCCAAUGAAUGCUGACCAUUUGGAGCCAGUCAGCAGAACUUUGAUAAAAGAUCAGAAUUUCAAGGACAACUUGAAUGUAGCUGGGAAUAAAGAAAUUUCACUUCCUCUCACUAAAGAUGACACUGAGACACCAACAGAGCUUAAGGGUGUGACUGUGUCAAUCAGUCCCAUCAAACAUGAUUCUCAUCAUACAAAUGAAAAAUCAUCCUGUAUUAUUAAACCUGUAGGAAAAUUACAUAAAAGUGGAAACAAAGGGAAGGAAAACGUGGAUUCAAACUUCUGUCCUCCAGUUUUACCUGAUACAGAAGCAGUGAAAGAGUCACCAUAUAUUGUGCUGAACUUUCCAGAUGUAGCAGAACAGUUACUGUGUACUAAUGAAGGUGGAGUCCCUAUUACCAAGCAGGCUGAAGGACUGUCUGUUGCCUUAUUCCCUGAAGCACAACCCAUGGAAUGUUUGAGGGAUACAGUGUGUCCACUGAUAGACAGAGUUUCAGUGAAGGAACCACAACCAGGUAGGGCAUACCUUGGAACAGAAAGCAGGAAGAUUCCUUCACCAGAUGAUCAUGCUGAUGAUGUGAGAACUACAGGGAGCUUUGCUGUGGCAGGGAGUAGUGUUACAAACAUCAAAAUGAAAAUUACUAAAACUGUUGCAGAUAACAAUGGGUCUUUCACCAAUUAUCUGAAAGGAAAUACACAACGCUGUCAUAAGGACCAUGUUACUCUGUAUCCAGAAGUGCCAUUUUACCCCAUAGAAAGGUCGUCAAGAAGUGGGAUUUCUUCAGCAGCAUCCCAGUCCUUAGAUUUAGAGCAUAAACCUCAGAAACUGGAGGAAGACUCUCUCAUUCCUGCUGGUCAAUGUCGUGAAGGUAAGGAGGCAAAGUCUUUACCUUCUGUGGGUUCAAAGAAAGCGGCAACAAUUGAUGAUACCACAAGUAUUGAACCUAAUCACUCUCCUGGUAUAAUUGCACAGCUAUUGCAGUCUCCAUCUGUCAAACAAUAUGAUGCAAACAUGCCUCAGGGACCUGGUCAAAUUCAAGAAAUAGCCCUAUCAGAAUCAGAGGCUAAAAGGUCAAGAUUGUCUUCAAAUGAUCAUCAGUUUCAAAAGAUGUUGAUGAAGGAUGUCAGUUUGGGUCUCAUCAAAAAGCAGACCAGUGAAAUGAUAAUCAAGGCUUUGGAGGAUCAGGAACGCUCUGUUGCAACAGCAUCAGAACAAUCUGAGGAUUUAGAAACUGGCCAGAUAAUGUCACACCUGCAGACACAGUGUGAGCAAAGCGAAAGCAAGAUGAGGACAACUCUACUUAGACCCAGAUAUCUUCCUGAAUUAACCCCAGAAAGUACCCAUGCAACUCACAAAGAUACUGGGGGUCCAACAACUGGUCAUUCCAAAACUCUCAUUAGCACAGACACAAACCUUUUGAUUAAUAACUCAAGAGGGAGUGUUCAAUUGGGCAUGGCCUGUUUUGAUCAGGUUUCUACUGGGAGUACAUUCUGCCAGCAUUCUAGAAGCCUAGGGGAGGUUGUCAAGAGACUUCAUAGGAGAUGUAGGGAGACUGACAAGAAGGCAGCAUCUUAUUGCAAGGAAGUGCUCCCAAUUUCAAAGAAAAGAAAGAUAAUGAAAAAGAAGUAAGAUAACUUUAGAUGAAGGAACAUUUUGGAGGAUACUACUGUAUCCUUUAAGAAUCUCCCCCGGAAGGAUAUACUUUGUGUAUAUGACUGGGGUGUUGUCAUGUUAAAUAUCAGUAGACAUCCCCAUGACAUUACAAAUUUCCCACUUUAUGUUAUAUGAUC